UUAUUGUGAUCUUCUAAAACGUACUGGAAAGGGUUGUCCACUACAGAGUAGAUCCUUGUAAUUAAGGACCACCUAUAAAAACAAGAACUUGAGAUUUCAAGACAGGAGUUCUUCAAGAUGGAUGCUCACGGUGGGCACUACCUCAACAAAGAAGCCGUACUGUCACCUUUAGGCGCAGCCCGAAUGUGCCAGCUGCUCUUCGGGUCCGCCCUCAUCGCCCUAGUGUCCCACAAUGCGGGCUACGCCGCCGACUACGGGUACUUUUGCAUGUUUGUGUGGUGUUUCUGCUUCGCCGUCACACUCGUGGUGUUCAGCCUUGACAUUACCAGGCUACACAUCUGCAUGCCCAUCUCAUGGGACAACUUGACAGUGGCUUUCGCCAUGCUGGCGACGCUCAUGUACAUCACCGCCUCCGUGGUGUACCCCGUCUACUUCCUGGAACUAGACUGCCCCGACGAGGGCUGCGAGGAGCAGGCCUACCGCAUCGCCGUGACCGUCAUCUCCAGCGUUUGCAUCUUCCCCUACGCUGCCGAAGUCUUCAUCACUCGCGCCAAACCCGGCGCAGUGGUGGGUUACAUGGCCACCCUGUCCGGGUUACUCAAGGUGGUCCAGGGUUUCGUGACCUGCAUUAUUUUCGGAGCGCUGGAGAAUUACAGCGAGUAUAACAACUUCAUAGCCACCGAGUACUGCGUGGUGGUGUACAGCCUGUGCUUCUCCAUCACCGUGCUGAUCAUCUUACUGACUAUAUCCGGGAGGACGGCGUCCUUGCGGUUCCCCUUCGAUCGAUUCGUGGUCAUCUACACCUUCAUGGCUGUCAUCCUCUACCUUAGCACGGCGCUGGUGUGGCCCAUCUUCAGUUUUGACAAGAAGUAUAGCUCGAGCACUCGCCCGGAUCCUUGCCCACGGGGAGAAUGCCCUUGGGACAGCAAGAUGGUGGUGGCCGUCUUUACCAACGUCAAUCUGAUUCUUUAUUUUGUGGACCUGGUCUACUCGCAGAGGAUUCGCUUUGUCACCAAUGCCGCUGUCUGAAUGUCUUUUGUUUGAGGGAUUCUUUCAACAGCAGGAUUAAGCAGGACGUGAACCUAAUGAACUUCAGACAGAAUUCCAAGGGGCUUCAAAGUGUAGAAGACCUAUACACAGAUGUCUCUGAAAGAUUUUCCAGAGUGAUUAUCCAAUGGUGUAAGGCAGUGGUCUGGGACCUAUGUCUCGCAAGACAUCUCUGCCUGUUUUGAUGUGUGCAUCUAGCUCUCCACCAACUCGUAAUUUUAAAUGUGGAACCGCUCGAUUAACAUGAACGAGCUGUGAUGAGCUAAUGGUGCAUUCACAAAUCUUUCAUGGACCUUCAAAUGUACGUCGCAAUAAUAUGCUUCAAUUCAGUGCUGGUUGGCGGUCCUCCAGUCGCAUAUUGCACGGAGAUGGCCGUUAGUACAGAGCUCGUCUAGUGUGCUAAGUCUCCGCUCAGCCAUUAGCAGAGCUGGCCCCUUCCAACUUAAUGCCGAGCGAACUGGAGUAUAUAAAAAAUGCGUAAAAUGAAACCACGAAAGUGAACCGUGUGGUACCCCAAGUCACAGAGGCGCGAGAUCAGUUUCACUUUCAUGACUCCUGAUACCUGUUUUGGCCACUGUUAAGCACGUGCCCCCUAGUUGGGGUUUACUCUUCCAGGAAAUAUACGCAGCGCUACAUAGGGCUGAACAAUAUUGGAAAAAACUGACAUUGCGACUUUAUGGGGAUUUGCGAUAAAUUGCGAUAUUAAAACUAGAAUUUUCACCAGAUGACUUUUAAAAAAUCGUUUUUUAAUUUUAAGAAAUAUAUUUAUGUUUUUCUGCUUCAUGCUCGUACAGCCUCUCAGUUAAUCAUUAUCAGUUGAAAAGUAAUUAUCGGACAACUCUACAUUUUACAUCUUUUAGUUUGUUUUUGUGUUCCUUCAUGUAUUUCAUUAUUCCCUACGCUGCCUCUCUGGGUAUUGCCACAAUCACCCUGGUGUGUAUGUUCAGUGUUGGACAUCAGUAUGUAAGAGCUAGCACACAGUGAUUUUUUUUUGUCUCCCACAAUGUAAAAAUCAAUCACUAUGUCGAAAAUAAGUGUGUGUAACUCACUCAACAUAUCAGUACUAAAACAAUGUGGGGUUUUUUUCCCUGAGAAAAUGGAUGUAUGUAUUACAGUUUGUAUGCAACGGUUAAACACAUAAAUCUCAAUAUAUUUACCAUAAUUUUCGCACUAUAAGGCACAUCUGACUAUAAGCCGCCACCCACCAAAUUUGACACAAAAACGACAUUUGUUCAUAGAUAAACCGCACUGGACUAUAAGCAGCAGCUGUCCUCACUGUAUUAUGGGAUAUUUGCACCAAAAGAUAUUAACUGGUAACACUUUAUUUGACAGUGGCAUCAUACGACUGUCAUAAGACCAAAUGAACCACCAUGCAGCCAAUUGGUUCAAAGCUUGAUUGCUUCAAGAAGCUUCAUUUGGCCAUCACUGCGCCCUUGGGGUAGACAGUCAACCUCUGCUGCCAACACUGUUGUCAUCCAACAUGCCUCCUAGCAUGCGUUGCAGCACUACAGAUGUAAAUAACAAUCAAAAUUCCUGUUAUGUGCUAAUUAUUUCUUCAGUUACUAUUCCAGUUGUUUCAUUAAUUGCUACUUAUGGUAUUUGGUAAUACUUUAUUUGACAGUGGCGCCAUAAGACUGUUAUUAGACAAUCAUAAUUACGACAUGACACUGUCAUGAGCAAUCAUGAAUGCUUAUGACAGAUGUCACUUAGUGUUAUCCGGCAAAAUAGCUCACUUUUGAAUGGAUGUAAAAGACCCGAGCUAGACAUAAACAAAGUUAGUGACAUAAUUUGCCGGAUGACACCUAAUGACAUCUGUCAUAAGCAUUCAGUAAUGCCCAUGAUGGUGUCAUGCCACA